UUUUGGUCGGUCAUAUAAACGUAUCGAAUAUUGUUUUGGAAAAGAGUCUGACAAGUUUGUGGUGUGUGGUUGUGUUGUUUGCAGAGAAGAAAAAAAUGCCGUUGAACGUGUUGGACGCAACAGUGUCGAGUUUUGAUCGAGUGUUUGAGAAGUUCCGAUCGGAGGCUGAAGAAAACAAGGCGAAUCUCAUCCUUUUCUUGGCUGACAAAGACCGUGCUACCUCUCUCAGCUGGUGCCCUGAUUGUGUGAGAGCAGAACCUGUGAUCUACAGGAAGCUGGAGGCUUCAUCUGAUGACAUUGCACUCUUGAGAGUCUAUGUUGGAGAUAGACCAACAUGGAGAAACCCCCAGCAUCCAUGGAGGGUAGACCCUCGCUUCAAGCUCACUGGGGUGCCCACAUUGAUCCGUUGGGAGAAUGACACUGUCAAAGGUCGCUUAGAGGAUCAUGAAGCUCACGUUGAAAGCAAAAUUGAAGCUCUUGUUGCUGACAAGUGACAAAUGAUUGCCAUAGCAGAGUGUCUUAGUUGGUAUCACAUGGUUUAAAUAAUGUAUGCUGUACUUUUAUCAGCAAUUUAUCCCCCCUAUACUUUAUAACUUUGUUGCUAAAGAAUACAAUAAAUGACGAGUACCAAUGUUUACAAGGGAAAGUCUAUGAAUCCAUGUUUGGUUCUUACAAUGUGUUUCUUUUUGCUUG